UCGUGGUCCUCCGUCCAGAGUCUCCCUCUUUAGCACACAGGACGGUUAGCAACAUACAGUACGUGGUUAUCAGCCACUGUGGUACCAUGUUCCGAGCCGUGUUCCGACUGUCAGUCACAGGGGCCCGGAGUGUAGCUCGGUCACGACCCUGUUACUCAGCUCCAUUGGCCUCCAGAUGUUACUCCCAUGGCAAGGUGGAGACAGACGAGGAGUUUGAUGCCCGUUGGGUCACUUACUUCAGCAAGCCUGACAUUGAUGCCUGGGAACUGAGGAAAGGCAUGAACACGCUGAUCGGGUAUGACCUGGUACCCGAGGCCAAGAUCCUGGAUUCAGCACUAAGGGCUUGCAGGAGGCUGAAUGACCUGGCCAGUGCCAUCCGCAUCCUUGAGGCCGUUAAGGACAAAGCAGGCCCCCACAAAGACAUCUAUCCCUAUCUGAUCCAAGAAUUGAAACCCACCCUGUCAGAACUCGGCAUCUCAACACCAGAGGAGCUGGGCAUUGACAAGUUAUAGACUGUCAAGGUCAUUUGAUACAUGAGAUGAGCUCUCCUGAUUGUCUCCUGUCAAAUAUGUCGAUAUUGUUGAUUAAAUCCAUACUGUCCUAUUGUGUACAAAAUGGUGGACCUAAUAAAGAGAACCAAUAAUUGAA